AUGUACUCAUUCAACACCGCCGCUCUUGUCGCCCUUGCUGGCUUCGCCGCCGUUGAGGCCGCCAUUGUCUCUCCUGCUCCUCAGCCUACCGGCGUCAAGAACGGCACCGUCACCAUCACCAGUGUGUACGAUGUCUACACCACUAUCUGCACUGGUCCUACCAGCUUCCACCUUGGAGGCAAGGACUACGUCGUCACUGAGCCUUGCACUCUGACCAUCACUGACUGCCCUUGCACCGUCACUGAGACUCACCCCGCUGGCCCUACUUGGAUCCCUGGCAAGCCCUACCACCCUGCUCCCCCCAAGCCUGAGCAUCCCUCCAAGCCUGAGCAGCCUGAGCAUCCUUCCAAGCCCGAGCAGCCUGAGCACCCUGCCCAGCCCGAGCACCCCGCCAAGACCACCGGCCCCCAGGUUCCUGAGGCCACCAAGCCCGCCAAGGGUACGGAUGUCCCCGAGACUCCCGUCGUCGUUGCCGGCGCCGGUGCUGUCCAGGUCGGUCUCGGCCUGGCUGCCAUGCUCGGCCUCAUUGCUCUGUAA